AUGCCCUCUUCGGAUCUUAUGAUGAAGUUCACCUUCAACCCAAAAGAAGGGAUUGACAACCCCACUUUAGUGAUCUCCGAUGACAAAGGUUACUUCCUCAACCCUUUUUAUCCACGGGACGAGGGCCAGGGCUUCGGCUUCUUCCUGAGUAAGGAUGCUGGCUGCAGGGGACAUGUGGUGCGCCAGGUGGAGUCUUGGAGCAGCGCAGAGCAGGGUGGGUUGAGGAAGGGGGACCGUAUUUUGGAGGUCAAUGAGGACUUUGUGGAUGACAAGGAGCACUCGACUGUGAUGCUGAAGGUUCACUCUAUAGCUCAUGUAUUACGAGAGCUCGACCACUGCAGCCCAGCUGAGGCUGCAGGAAUGGAGGAUGAAGAGCUUGUGCUAGCGGUAAAUGGGGAGCAUGUGGAGGAUGCAGAGCAUGAGGGCAUCGUCAGCAAAAUACGGCAAAGCGGCCAGCAGGUCACCCUAACCACCAUCUCCAUCCAGGGCAGAGACUAUUACACACAGCUGGGUAUUUCUCCAUUGCUGUUCUAUGAAGACAAUAUUCCAAAAAGGGAACAGUUCCUUAAAGCUCCUUUGCCACAUCAAGAGGGACACCAAAAUCCACCGCAUCCUCGACUUUGUGUGCUUCACAAGGAGGUUGCUGGAUUUGGCUUCAAACUCGGCUGUGUUCAGAAGAAGCCUGGGACGUAUAUCGGUCAGGUACUGCAAGCAUUUAUAUAUAAAGAGUCUUAAAUGUAAACUUAAUCAAAUGGAAAAGAGUGCUGCAGUGAUGAUGUAUUUUCGAAUGUCAACCUAGAUAUUUGCAUAACCCUGGUUCCCUUAAAGAAAAGCCAACAAGAAUUUCCCCAUUGACUUUUGGAUUAUUGCAGAAAAUAAGCUCUGUGGCCAACAAAGGUUUAUGAAUUUCUUACACAUUCGUCAUGAUAAUCUUUAAUUUCCCUGAAAGUUUGAAUGAAAAU